CAAAUUACAUUCAUCGUCUGUUGGCGUGACGAGAUGUAAAUAAUGUGAACAUGUGACACUGUCAUUGUACCAGGCACAGUGAAAUUGAUCUGGUUAGACAGCUUACUUAACAGGGAUGCAGCCUGCAUAUGUUCUGAAAAGUAAACCCUUGUGUACUGUGGGGUGGUUCCAGAAAGACUGACUGACAGCUGCACGAGCGCCGACUCUCCUUGAGUCUCGACUAAAGUAAAUCAGUUCAAACCUCACAAUGUCGUUCCUUAAAACGCUUUUUCUGGUUGGGUUUUUUAUUUUGACAUCUUGGCCAGCCUCAGGACAGUAUAUAGAGCGGAUGUCAAAACAUAUGGGAGAAAUCACGUCAUCCCAAGCACAGCAGAGAGCAGCAUCCACACUUCCUGGCCUUACCAAGCCCUUUGCCUUUGCCUCCUACUACUCCAGUCACAUGGUUCUCCAGAAGGCACCUAAGAGAGCCACAAUCUGGGGCUACGCUGCCAACAUCGGUGAGAGGAUCAUCAUCAAGGUGAGCGAGAGAGGGACGUACACAACCAAGGUGUACCUUGACCCGCUCUACAACUAUGGGGUGUGGAAGCUGAAGCUGCCCGCAGAGUCGAGUGCCGGGCCCUUCACCAUCACUGCCAUAUCACGCGAGAAGACGAUCACACUGACGGACGUGAUGUUUGGAGAUGUGUGGGUGUGCUCAGGGCAGUCCAACAUGCAGUUUACCAUCACACAGGGGUUCAAUGCAAGUGAGGAACUAGCCGAUGCCAACAACUACCCUAACGUCCGUUUGUUCACCGUUGGCGAUGUCCCUGCAUCCUUCCCCAUCCCCGACCUCCAUGGCAUCUGGGAGCAGUGGGCUGUCGCUGACAAAUCAUCAGUUGGUGGAAAGCCGUGGCAGUACUUCUCUGCUGUGUGCUGGCUGUUUGGUAAGACCCUGAACAAGAAGCUUGGCUACCCCAUCGGCCUGAUCGACACAUCCUGGGGAGGGACGCCUGUCGAGGCCUGGUCAUCUACAGAUGCUCUGGCCAAGUGCGGACUGGACAAACAAACAUCUGAUAUAUUUAUUCACAGAGUGAAGGCAUUCAAUGAGCAUCAACUAGGAUUUGAUCCAAUAACAGGCAUUGGAGGACCUAGCGCUUCCUCUAUUCUGUGGAAUGGAAUGGUCUUCCCUCUCCUCAAUAUGACCAUAUAUGGAGCUAUCUGGUAUCAAGGAGAAUCAAACGAGGUAACAAACGUCCACAAAUACAACUGUACGUUCCCCGCCAUGAUAGAUGACUGGAGACAGAAGUUCCACAAUGCAUCUGACGGAGAAACGGAUUCUGUAUUUCCGUUUGGCUUUGUGCAGUUGGCCGCUUACCGUCCUGACAGCGCUGACCCUGGGUUCCCGGAGAUCCGGUGGCACCAGACAGCUGACUACGGCUAUGUGCCCAACCCCAGGAUGAAGAAUGUCUUCAUGUCUGUUGCCAUGGAUCUCCCAGACUUUACCUCUCCCUAUGGAAGCAUCCACCCCAGAGACAAGCAGGAUGUUGUAGCCAGGCUGGCUGUCAGUGGGAUGAGUGUUGCCUACAACCAACAAGGGGAGGUAACUCAGGGGCCUCUACCAGCAAACGUACAGGAAGGGAAAAAAAACUUCACCCUGAUGUACACAGAGAAGAUCAAGUACAACAACCUGGUUGGAUUUGAAGCUCUGUGCUCUGUAGAAAACUCCAGCAAGACAUUCUGGACCCCCACCCCCAUCCUGUCUGCCCUCCCAACCAGCAUCACAUUGUACUCCCUGGUGUGUGGGGAGGGGCAGACUGUCCUGGGGCUCAGAUACAGCUGGAGGGAGACCCCCUGUGCCUUCAAGACCUGCACGGUGUACUCGGCGGACAACCCUCUCCUCCCUGGACCUCCCUUCCUGGUGUACCGGAAGAUGACCGGGGUAGCUGGGACAGUUCACACUAUAGACUGGAACACUCCGACUGCCAUUCACAAUUAAUACAUUAUAGAGGCAGACACACAUAUAGACUUCAUACAGUAUUUCAUAGACUGGAACACACCGACUGCCAUUCACAAUUAAUACAUUACAGAGGCAGACACACAUAUAGACUUUAUACAGUAUUUCAUAGACUGGACCACACCGACUGCCAUUCACAAUUAAUACAUUAUAGAGGCAGACACACAUAUAGACUUCAUACAGUAUUUCAUAGACUGGAACACACCGACUGCCAUUCACAAUUAAUACAUUAUAGAGGCAGACACACAUAUAGACUUUAUACAGUAUUUCAUAGACUGGAACACACCGACUACCAUUCACAAUUAAUACAUUAUAGAGGCAGACACACAUAUAGACUUUAUACAGUAUUUCAUAGACUGGAACACACCGACUGCCAUUCACAAUUACUACAUUAUAGAGGCAGACACACAUAUAGACUUUAUACAGUAUUUCAUAGACUGGAACACACCGACUACCAUUCACAAUUAAUACAUUACAGAUGCAGACACACAUAUAGACUUUAUACAGUAUUUCAUAGACUGGAACACACCGACUACCAUUCACAAUUAAUACAUUACAGAGGCAGACACACAUAUAGACUUUAUACAGUAUUUCAUAGACUGGAACACACCGACUGCCAUUCACAAGUAAUACAUUAUAGAGGCAGACACAUAUAUAGACUUUAUACAGUAUUUCAUAGACUGGAACACACCGACUACCAUUCACAAUUAAUACAUUACAGAUGCAGACACACAUAUAGACUUUAUACAGUAUUUCAUAGACUGGAACACACUGACUGCCAUUCACAAUUAAUACAUUACAGAUGCAGACACACAUAUAGAUUUUAUACAGUAUUUCAUAGACUGGAACACACUGACUACCAUUCACAAUUAAUACAUUACAGAUGCAGACACAUAUAUAGACUUUAUACAGUAUUUCAUAGACUGGAACACACUGACUACCAUUCACAAUUAAUACAUUACAGAUGCAGACACACAUAUAGACUUUAUACAGUAUUUCAUAGACUGGAACACACCGACUACCAUUCACAAUUAAUACAUUACAGAUGCAGACACACAUAUAGACUUUAUUCAGUAUUUCAUACACUGGAACACACCAACUGCCAUUCGAAAUUAAUACAUUAUACAGACACACAAACUGUAUAUAUACAUUUCAUAGGUUGUAAGGAUAUCUUGUAUAAAGUGUGACUGUGUCAAGUUCAUGUAGAACUCAUGUCCAUGAGACUAUUGUUUCCUCCAGGAUAUCUCCAGAUACCUGUACUUACUGAAUAUUGUGGCUGUAUGCAGCUUUUACCUGGAGCACUCCAUUACAUCACAUUCCAGUCAUAGUCGUGUUGUAGAUGUUCGGUCAUAUGGAUUGUGAUUGACCAUUAUGCCACUUCUUGUCAUUAUUCUGUUUGGCACAUUAUAUCAUUAUUAAAUGCACAUGAUGUUAUGUUCGUUCUAGUAACAUUUACUUCGAGCAGCACACUAUUUACUCAGUAGCACAUUCUACUCAAUAUUUCAGUGACCCUCCAUGUGCCAUGUCAUGUUAUCAGUCUGACAGCUGCACACUGUUCCAAGUGCAGGCACAAAGGAGACGUGUCCUACAAACUAAUUAUGUUUAACUGAAGUCCUUACUAAGCCUCGUCAGAAUGCGGUGCGGACAUUUUAUAGUCCAUGUUAUGGCAACAUUUGACCGAGUUCGAGAGGUUAGUGAGUAAGUACAGGUUUUAAAACCUUUGAACCGCACUCUUUACAUAUGUAACCAAUGUAUCACCUUAUUUCAAUAUUGUACAAGUUCAUAGUUCCAGGAACAUACCAGUACUGUUGGGGAAAUAGGUUUGUUGGACAGUAGACCCAUCUUUUGACUGCAAGGAGGUAACUCAAAGUUAAUUGUGAUCCUAUCCAAUUGUAACAUCCUAUCAAACUCAAUGCCAGUCAGCCAACUGUUGUGGGUUUUCACAAGUUAGUGACUAGCAAAUUAAUGUUUGGAUUGUAUGAUGAAUGAAGACAAGUUGUGUUACUGUAUGCCAUUGUUUGUGACGUCAAAAAUAGAUGAUACAUUGCUGAUAGAAGCAUUCAGGAAAAAUAACAAAUGAGUUUUACAUUAUGCAUCGACAAGCUUGCCUAAUAUGUUCUAUGUGGUACAAUCAGCACCUGUGAUAUUUGAUACAUUUAGAAUCUGCUUGAUAUACUCAACAUGUUCGGGUUAGAUAUUUAACAGUCCCAUAUCCCAUAUGAACAGGAUGAAGCCAUUGGAUUCCGCCGACACAUAGGUGGGUGCGAUUCAGUUCUUUACUCAGUAUAGAGCAAUAUAUUAAAUCAUUUUUUCAAACUUUUACUGAUGAUUCUUUUAGCUUUGAUAUUGAUCACUAUGUUUUCAGUACCUAAACUGACUUUAGAUGCAUUUAUAUUGUGACUUUUUAAAACCAUAAUACAUGUAUUCUCACUAAGUAUUGAGGUAUCUGUGUGCUUGCAUCAACAAAGCCUGUAACACUGUUACUCCAGCACGUGGUGAUUGGUUUCAGAACAAAUUUAAUGUUUCAAUUUUUAGUCACACAACUCUGCAUACAUAUUCUAUUGAGGGAGCAGUGCCUUUAUAGCUGUCUGGGGAUUUUUUUCAUAUGAAAUUUGUUGUUAGUCAUUUUCUCCCAUUUUCUCAUUGUAUCUAUUUUGAAAUUUGAUGUGCAGCAAAUAUAUGGUAUGAGAAUAACAUAAGUUUCUUUACAAAGUGUAAUGUUUGACUCUGUUAUGGCCUUAAAUCUUCAAAUGACCAAGUUAAUCUACAUUUAGUGUAUUUUCAACACCUUUAAUUGAUGCAUUUUCAACACCUGGCUUUGUUGCUUUGAUUUUUGGAAAAGCUGAAAUGUUUUUAAUGUAAUCCAAGCCAUGGUGGCUCCACAGUAUUGUGUUGGUUGGUUUGUUGUUUUACGCUGCACUCAGCAAUAUUCCAGCUAUAUGACGGCGGUCCACAGUAUUGUGUUGGUUGGUUUGUUGUUUUACGCCGCACUCAGCAAUAUUCCAGCUAUAUGACGGCGGUCCACAGUAUUGUGAUCUGAUUUGGAACAUGUGCAUCAGGGCAGCCAUAUUGAAAUAUUCUUUUGUGCACAUUACCAAGUUAUUUUUUGAUGGAUGUAUAGUACUGAAAUAUUCCUACUUUUUUUUUGCACAUUCUUUAUCUUUUACCCUUUUCUUAUGACCUCUAUUUUUAAUGAAUUUUUUUUACAACAUAUUUUGCAAAACAGUGCUUUGUUCCCCAUGAACUCUGGGAAUAUUCGUAUGCAAUAUCCUCACCUGGAUUAUAGGAUAUGUGUGAAGUUAGCAUUGUUACCAUGACAACUGGAAAGAGCAAUGACAAUGUUGCUGUCAAAGUGGGGGAUUUUGCUAUAUACCUAUGUACAUCCUUGGUGGGAUGUGUAUAAUAUUAAAAAGUAUUUUGGCAAAUAAAA